GGACAGCUGGUCAAAGUAUUCAUUACUCGGUGAUCAUCUACACUUCGGAGGGGAAGGACAGCUUCCACACUGACUUUGGGAGGAGAUGGCUGCUCCUGGGGCAGAGUUCCCAGAACUGGACCUGAAGAACCCUCCCUCCACAUAGCCCAAACCCGUGUCCACUGCCCUGCUUCGCUGUGGCUUCAUGACCACGAGGAGGUCUACCCUUGUUUAGUCUAAGCAGCUUGUCAUGGAGAAGUGACAGGUAGCCAUGGAAUUCAGCUCUAAGAAAGACCUGAAAAGGCACCCAUCCAGAUUCAUCAUCCACCGUGAAAAGGAGUAUCUUCACCUGCUCAGGAUUCAAGAAAAGUCAAAGGAACUUUCCUUUGCUAUUAGUCAGAAUCUGACUGAGAGGCCAUCUCCUCGUUGAUGGCCUACAAGUGAACUGUCAACUCCAUGUGACUAAGACGCCAGGCAAGCCGAGGCACCUGUACGCUGAGGUUGAGCCUGGUCACUGCUCAGGCAGCCCCACGAGCGGCUGGAUUCACCCACAAGGCAUGGAAACUUCGGGGCUGCUGCUGCUUUGAGAGCCCCAGACACACACUUGAAAAGGUCUGUGGAUGGCUCCUGGAAGAUCGUGAUUUUCUCCGGAGGAAAUACUGUUGCCCUGGGCUGCUUUCCUGCCAUACCGUCUCCCGAGCUGACCAUGAGCCAGCCAGACCCUGCCUGUCCCCCUGACCCCAGCUCUGCACCCCUGUGUGUGGUGUGUGGCCAAGCCCACUCCCCUGAGGAAAACCACUUCUACACCUACGCGGAAGAUGUGGACGAUGACCUCGUGUGCCACAUCUGCCUGCAGGCUUUGCUGGACCCUCUGGACACUCCCUGUGGACACACCUAUUGCACGCUCUGCCUCACCAGCUUCCUGGUGGAGAAGGACUUCUGCCCCGUGGAUCGUAAGCCUGUGGUGCUGCAGCAUUGCAAGAAGUCCAGCAUCCUGGUCAACAAGCUUCUCAACAAGCUGCUGGUGACCUGCCCGUUCCCGGAGUACUGCACCGAGGUCCUGCAGCGCUGUGAUCUCGAGCAGCACUUUCAGACAAGCUGUAAAGGCGCUUCCCACUACGGCCUGACCAAAGACAGGAAGAGGCGCUCUCAAGAUGGCUGCCCGGAUGGCUGUGCGAGCCUCACGGCGACAGCACUCUCCCCAGAAGUCUCUGCAGCGGCCACCGUCUCCUUAAUGACAAACGAGCCUGGCCUAGACAACCCUGCCUACGUGUCCACGGCCGAGGAUGGUCAGCCAGCAGACGGCCCACUGGACUCUGGCCGGAGCAACCGAACUAGGGCACGGCCUUUUGAGCGAUCCACUAUCAGGAGCAGAUCUUUUAAAAAAAUAAAUCGAGCUUUGAGUGUUCUUCGAAGGACAAAGAGUGGAAGUGUAGUUGCCAACCAAGCUGACCAGGGCAGAGAAAAUUCCGAAGACGCCGCUGCCUCCGAAGUCUUUCCAAGGUUGUAUCACCUGAUUCCAGAUGGCGAAAUUACGAGCGUCAAGAUCAAUCGAGUGGAUCCCAACGAAAGCCUCUCCAUUAGGCUUGUGGGAGGCAGCGAAACCCCACUGGUCCAUAUCAUUAUCCAGCACAUUUACCGUGAUGGGGUGAUUGCCAGGGACGGCCGGCUCCUGCCAGGAGACAUCAUCCUGAAGGUCAAUGGGAUGGACAUCAGCAACGUCCCUCACAACUACGCCCUUCGCCUCCUGCGGCAGCCCUGUCGCGUGCUGCGGCUCACCGUGCUGCGAGAGCAGAAGUUCCAAAGCAGGAGCAAUGGACAGGCACUGGAUGCCUAUGGACCCCGCGAUGACAGUUUCCAUGUGAUUCUGAACAAAAGCAGCCCUGAGGAGCAGCUUGGAAUAAAACUGGUGCGCAGGGUGGAUGAGCCCGGGGUUUUCAUCUUCAAUGUGUUGGAUGGUGGGGUAGCAGACCGACAUGGUCAGCUGGAGGAGAACGACCGUGUGUUGGCCAUCAAUGGACAUGACCUUCGGUACGGCAGUCCCGAAAGUGCAGCUCAUCUGAUUCAGGCCAGUGAAAGGCGCGUUCACCUCGUCGUGUCCCGCCAGGUUCGUCUGCAGAGUCCUGACAUCUUUCAGGAAGCCGGCUGGGACAGCAACGGGAGCCAGUCCCCGGGGCCGGGGGACAGGAGCAAUACUCCCAAGCCCCUCCAUCCUGUGGUCACUUGCCACGAGAAGGUGGUAAGUGUCCGAAAAGACCCCAGCGAAUCUCUCGGCAUGACCGUUGCGGGGGGAGCAUCACAUAGGGAAUGGGAUUUGCCUAUCUAUGUCAUCAGUGUGGAGCCCGGAGGAGUCAUAAGCAGAGAUGGAAGAAUAAAAACAGGUGACAUUUUGUUAAACGUGAACGGGAUUGAACUAACAGAGGUCAGCCGGAGUGAGGCAGUUGCAUUAUUGAAAAGCACAUCCUCCUUGGUGGUCCUGAAAGCUUUGGAAGUCAAAGAACGUGAACCCGAGGAAGCGAGCAGCAGCCCAGCAGCCCUGGACUCCAACCACAACGUAGCCCCGGCCAGAGACUGGUCCCCGUCCUGGAUCAUGUGGCUGGAAUUACCACGGUACCUGUAUAACUGUAAAGAUGUCAUAUUACGAAGAAACACAGCUGGGAGUCUGGGCUUCUGCAUUGUAGGAGGUUACGAAGAAUACAUUGGGGACAAACCUUUUUUUAUUAAGUCCAUUGUUGAAGGAACACCAGCAUACAAUGAUGGAAGAAUUAGAUGUGGUGACAUUCUUCUGGCUGUCAACGGUAGAAGUACAUCAGGAAUGAUUCAUGCUUGCUUGGCAAGGAUGCUGAAGGAACUUAAAGGAAAAAUUACUCUUACUAUUGUUUCUUGGCCUGGCACUUUUUUAUAGAACCAAUGAUGGGUCGUAGGAAAACAGAAAACCACAAAUAAGCUAAGUUGAAACAAUAUAUUUAUCUUGUCAAUUUUUAUAUUUAAAGAAUAGACUGUAAAAAUGUAAACUAAUGUCAGGAAAGUGUGAUCUGAUGAAAGUCCAUUACACCUCCGAAAAUGUAAUUCUCAAAAUAUAAACAUUAGUAAUAGUUCUUAUUCAGCGUGGAGGAUUUCACAUUACAACUCUGUUUAUAUUUUUCUAUUCAUUAAAAAGCUCUUACAUGGCUGAGAUAAUUUGUAUGCCCCACUGAAUUCAAAUCCUAUAAUUAAAAAUUUGGUAUAUGCUGAGGCAUGUAAAGUGUACAUUAUGGACAUUUAAAAACCAAUUUACAGCCAGAGGAUUUUAAAAGUGCACUGGUGAAGAAACUGUUCAUCAAAUGAGAAAUAAAUAUUUUUCAAAUUAUAA